AUGACUUCAAAGUUACCUCCUUACAUAUUGCACGAGUUGCCCGAUAUCUCAGAGUAUAUCAAAUUCCCUCUGCUAAGUGUUCAGCGGAUAAAGUAUACGUGUUUCGAUGUUUCAAGAACGUUGAUAGCGUUUGGAGCCACAAGCGGGGGCAUCUACGUUUUUAACAGAUGUCCGUGUGAAUUUAUACAGCUUAUACCAAAUAAGGAUGGUGCAAUAACUCGGCUAGCCAUAUCAGCAGCAGAGAAACACAUAAGUUUUGCGAACGGACGAGGUAUUGUUACGGUAACAGCAUGUGACCAAUCAUUGAGUGGUGGUCACUCUGCGGUGACGUCAAAAGAACACCAGGGUAACGAAGUCACUGCUAUGGUAUGGAGUGCUAACAACAUGCUGUUCACUGGUGACGAUGUGGGGAAAAUAUCUGUGCUGCAAUUGCAGAGCUUUAUUGCUAAAACAAUGUUCCAAAGUUCAUCCCAAACAAUAAUGAGCCUGGAUUCUCGUAUUUGUCAGUUAGAUAUCAAAGCAUCCAUGUUGCUAGUGUCCACUCUUACUCGGUGUUACAUUUGCGACACAUCCCAAGAGCAAUACAGGCAAAUAGGACAAAAAUUAAGAGACGGCGAGUACGGCGCCUGCUUUUACAACAAAGAAAAAACUCCAUUUAACACAACACAUACUAACCAAGACGUUACCGAAGUAAAAAGGUACAAUAUUGUUGAUGUUGACACAGGUUUUGCUGUUAGCAAAGAAUUAGAAAACACACUGAUAUACUGUGCAAGACCAUCUUCCCGGUUAUGGGAAGCGACAAUAGAUGGCACAGUUAAAAGAACACACCAGUACAAACAAGUUUUAGCCAAAAACCCUAUGACAAUCGUGUCACUAGAGUCGUAUACAAAUGAAAAUAUAAGCAGAGAAAGUAUAAACGUUGAAGGAGAAAGUCAAGCAAUAAAUUUUCCAAGGAUAUACAGCGUUGAUAGUGCCAUAUUUUCGUUUAAAAGAGAUGCCCUGUAUUUCCUGAAUCUCAACAAUGUUGAUGACACUAUGUGGUUUACGUACAAAGAUAUAAUUGACUGCAAAGUGUACCACGACAUGAUAUAUUUAUGGCUAGCGAAUGGCUCACUUGUCACACUGAGGUAUAUGAAACUCCAAAAGUUUUUAGUCAAAUGUUAUAUUGAUGAGAAAUAUGUACUCUGCACAGAAUUAUGUUCACUCUUUAGGGAUUAUUUACUCGAAAAUGAUUUGUCUGAUAAACUGCAUAUCUUAGUUGGUUUAAGAGAUAAGUUACAAAACAAGGAAGAGUUGAAAAAUAUUGAUGAUGUUCUAGAAAAAUUCGACAAUCUGAAGACCAAUGAAGCUACGCAAAUGAAAUCUGGUAUUUAUGUUGUCGAUAAUACUUUUCACCAGUCUACUCUCCUCGAGGAAGAUGUAUCGAGCCAAAAAUUUAACGAUGACAAUAUGUUUACUACUACACUUUCGCCAGAAGCUUUGCAAGCAUUCAAAGAUCUCAGCGUAACAGUCUCUGACAAAUUUAGUUCAAGCAAAAAAAUAUUGAAAGAGAAAUGGGAAGAUUUUGAAGGAAAAAUGAAAAAUCUCAGCGCAGAAAAGCAUACAAUCCAAGAAUUGAGACUCCCUAAACGAAUUAUACCUGAUAUUAUAGCUGAUACCGAAUAUGAGCCCAACUUAUUAGAUGAUGAUAUUAUCUACAAAGAAUCUAGUCAAAAAGCCAUAGAGAUAGAGGACAUAGACAAUAACAGCAUAGAGCAGGACAAAGUGUGUAAAUCAUUGUACCAAUACUAUAGGUUAAGUUUAGUGGGUAAGGAAUCUGAACGACCGAAUUUAGUUUCUACUAUCGAGAGCUAUGCCUGUGAUAUUAGACAGAUCUACGAACUUAUGCUACUUUUAGAACAAUACUGCGUUUCUGUGGGAGACGCGGAUGAAUCUAAAUUUGUUUCAAAUAAUAUAUUUUUAAUCUAUUUAUGCUGUAGCAAUCGCAAGAAAGAAUUAUUAGAUUCUAUUAUAGAAGACGAGGAGUUGUACAAGUAUUUUGUGGAUUCGUGCAUAUCUGUUAAUAUGAAGACGCAGAAGUUAUCGAAUAUAGGCUGCGAGUGUGGUUUUCCGUUGCCAUAUACGAGGACAAACCAAACGCCAGUAUUUUCCGAACUGAUUGACGAGUUCAUAGAGCGGCAAUGGUCGAGUCAAUGUCGCGAGCAAUGUUACGAGACGUGCAGGAGAAUGCCAUAUCUGUGGAGGAAAAUAUUAUACCUUCGGAGGAACGAAGAUCUGUUGAAUGUGCUGAGAAUACUGUUGCAGAUGCUUGAUGAGAGUUUGCUUCAUUCCUUUUUGCCUCAGUUCACGUUAGAGAGCUGGGAUAGAGCCAUUCAGUUGUAUGCUACGUUGCACGCGAAUAUGUGUUUGAAUUGCAAUAAAAAGUUUCAUCAUAUAUCUGUCAAAGAUAUGUUGAGUUGGGACGAUUUGGGGGCGUUGAUCAUAAAGUCUGUGGGAGGGAAAAAUGCGGUGAACGUGUUAAGAAAACACGCGAAGUUGAUUGACCUCGGAGAGCUGUCUAUGAAGUUCUACCACACGGCUAUGCUGGUGGCUAUGUAUGAGAAAUACGACGUGACGAUCACUAGUCAAUUGACAGAGACUUUGUACAGCGCGUAUGAGUUCGAAGAUUCUAGAGCGGCUAUCUGCAGUCUUCUUCGAAACACUGUCAACGGUCAAAUAAAGAACACAGCCGUACCACUUAUAGUUGCUGCGAAAACCGACCAUUGGGGUCUCACACCACCCCACGAUGCAGUCCCAAUAGCCAGCGAAAGUUCAAACGAAACCGAAACCGUAUGUAACAAAAUCAAAGAUAUCUCCUUCCUAGAUAUAGUAGAUAACUUGUCAGAUAUAUACAAACACGAUACAGAUUGUACGCUCUGUGGACUGCCUUUACAAAAUGAAGUGUUAAUACAAGAUGGCGGUCUGUGGGUCUUCAAAUGUGGACACCUUUUUCAUGGAGCGUGCUUAGAUGUUAAUAAAAUUAAGCUGUGCCCUACUUGCCCUAAAUGAACGUAAUUUGUUAAUACAUUUAUGGGAUAUUUGUGAAAUUUGCGCAAACUGUAAGGCUAAAUGUUUGCAUUGCGUUUGGUGCAAGAAAAAGUAGGCUUUGAAGUAACAUUUUCGCAAAUAAGUGCGGUCCCUUUUCCAUAAAUAGGGUAUUUUAUUUGACACCGCCAAUUAAUUGACAUACUAAUACUAGCUUGUGACGUCACUACUUUGUCAACUUAAUUAAACUAACCAAAAUUAAAAUGCAACCAAAAAUCUUAAUUGACAAGGAAUUUAAAAUUAAUUAAGUUUUUAAGACCAGAAUGAAGUUUAUCUUUAAAAUAGUUGUGCUUAAGAAUUAUUGGCAAAUGGUGUCAAAUACCCAGCUUGGUCAGUGAAGUGAUGGAAAGAGAAAUAUCAAUAUGAUGAAUGAUUCAAAGGUAUUGUAUAUAAAAGGGAGAUAUCUUGUUUGUGCUUAACCUUGUAGGUUAUAAGCAGAGGAUUAGUACACUAAAAUCAGUCUUGCCUUAGUAACUCGUACUUAAUAAAACUGCUUAUUAUUUAACCGCGAUGAUAUUUAUUAAUAACGAUUGGUACUCUAAUACAAAUUCAUUUAUAGAAAGCUAUUUUACAUGUCCCAGUAUUACAAUAUAGGCCAGUGCUGAAAAGAAGCAGCGUUAGAAAAUCAGUCACUAUUUAUAUUUAUAAAAUAAAACGAAAACAGUAAAAUUUGAACAUGAAUUUGAUGAAUUUCCAGCGGCCAUAGUGCUGUUUUGAAGUUUAUGAUUGAUUACCCUAUCGAUUUGUUUUUAACACGUCUUUAAUAAAACGAACAUGCAGCUGUAAAUUAAUAUGCUAAUUAACAACUCAUUUACAACAUGACGAAAUAAAACCUAAAAAUCUAUUUCUUUCAUGUACGAAAAAUAUAAUUUUAGUUAAAGAUACUUUAGUCAAUAGUUCAAGUUAACUGCCGAAUUAUUUAGAGAAAUGUAGGCUGUUGCUUUCUAUUACUUUCUGUAAUAUUAUCAGUAUUACAUUUAAAAUUGAACAAAUAAUGAUAGAUAAUGAGAUCACU